AUGAAUUCUCAUCCUUGUGGUUUUGGAUAUGACUAUGACUAUUUUGUAGGCAAUGAAAACUUGAAUGAUGGCUCACAUCAUGGGAUAGAUGAAUUCUCAGGAAGGGAGCCAUAUCCAUAUGAGCAAUCAUCAUGGCAACCUUCCCCUUCAAGUUACUAUGAUGGUAGUCCUUCCUAUAAUGCAUAUCAUUCCUACGAAUAUGAUGAUUCUUAUCAUGGUUAUACCUCUCAACCACCACCAUUCUAUGCACCAUAUUCUCAACCCACAUCUUAUUUCCACCAAUUGCCUACAUAUGAUCCAAAUCUAUAUUCCCCCUAUGCAUACCCUUGUGACGGUUAUGAACAAGCAACCCUUGAAUCACCACCACUCCAACAUUUUUACCCUCCAACCCAAGUCCCCAUAAAUGAUGCACUUGGUAUCAUUCUUCAAGAGCAAGAAGAGCUCCAAACCACCUUCACUAGUUUCACCUCUACCCUCCAAGAAUUUACGUCUCGUAUAAUGCCACCCUCUACCAAUAACCAAAAUGACUUCCCACCUCAAAGCUUUGAUGAAUCUUCUUUCCAACCAUAUUAUGAUUCUCCCUCACAAACCUCCAUGGAACAGCAGCGCCGGCCGCCGCCGCACUACCUACCUCCAUCACCGUCCUUGACCAUCAUUUCUCUUCCCCUCUCACCACCACCCGUUCUCUCUCUCCCUCUCACUCCUCUCACCUAUCUCACCGUGACCAACCCCUCCGCCGCCACCCCGUCAUCACUGCCGGCGGCUCGCUCACUGCCGGCGGCUCGCUCCCUCUCUUCCCUUCCCGCCCAUUCCCCUCUCAUUCUCCUCUUUAACCAUCACCGUCCCUCCUCCCCUCAAUUUCUCAUUCUUCCAGCCGAACCACCGCGCCGGCCGUCUUCACCGCCACCGUUCACGGCGGUGCCAGUUUCUGUCUCUGCUAGGGGUGUAAUCGGUUCGGUUUGGUUCGGUUUUGGACCGAAAACAAACCGAACCGACCUGAUCGGUUGA